UCGGCUGUGAGCUACGUGCUGCCUUCCCCAGGCCAGCGCCUGGCUGUUCCUGCCAACUCAGCCUCCUGCUGGCAGCGCGGCACGGACUGGGGUCUCCAUUUCCUCCCUCCCAGAUCCUCGUAGCGGCUGCAUCCUCCUGGGCCAGCCUGGGGUACCCGUCUCGCCGGGCACAGAAGUUCAGGCCGCUGUGGUCGUGUUCCCCUAACAGCGUGUUUGUCAACGACUGUGCUGCGCUCGUUCGUGUUGUUUAGAUAUAGUGCUUGCACCUCCUCCACCAUUGCCACCACCAAUACAGGGAUAUGCCUUUAAACCGCCGCCUCGACCAGAUUUUGGCACUUCUGGGAGAACAAUCAAACUGCAGGCCAACUUCUUUGAAAUGGACAUUCCUAAAAUAGAUAUCUACCAUUAUGAAUUGGAUAUAAAGCCAGAAAAAUGCCCUAGAAGAGUUAACAGAGAAAUAGUGGAGCAUAUGGUUCAGCACUUUAAAACGCAGAUCUUUGGGGAUCGCAAACCAGUGUUUGAUGGAAGAAAAAACCUUUAUACAGCUAUGCCGCUUCCUAUUGGGAGAGAUAAAGUGGAGCUGGAGGUCACGCUGCCAGGAGAAGGAAAGGACAGAAUAUUUAAGGUGGCUAUAAAGUGGAUGUCCUGUGUGAGUUUGCAGGCUUUACAUGAUGCUCUUUCUGGUCGGCUGCCAAGUGUCCCGUUUGAAACCAUCCAGGCACUGGAUGUAGUGAUGAGGCACUUGCCUUCCAUGAGAUAUACUCCUGUGGGGCGAUCUUUUUUUACAGCAUCAGAAGGGUGCUCAAAUCCAUUGGGUGGUGGCAGAGAAGUUUGGUUUGGCUUCCAUCAAUCAGUCAGACCUUCUUUAUGGAAAAUGAUGUUAAACAUUGAUGUAUCUGCAACCGCAUUUUACAAAGCACAGCCAGUUAUUGAGUUCGUGUGUGAAGUUUUGGACUUCAAAAGUAUUGAAGAACAACAAAAACCUCUGACAGAUUCCCAAAGGGUAAAGUUUACCAAAGAAAUAAAAGGUCUAAAGGUGGAGAUAACACACUGUGGACAAAUGAAAAGAAAGUACAGAGUGUGCAAUGUCACCAGACGACCAGCAAGUCACCAAACAUUCCCACUUCAGCAUUUUGAGAAUGGACAAACAGUUGAAUGCACUGUAGCUCAGUAUUUUAAGGACAGGCACAAAUUAGUUUUACGCUAUCCUCACCUUCCAUGUUUACAAGUCGGACAAGAGCAGAAACACACCUACCUUCCUCUUGAGGUGUGCAACAUAGUGGCAGGACAAAGAUGCAUAAAGAAACUCACAGACAAUCAAACUUCCACUAUGAUUCGAGCAACGGCCAGAUCAGCACCUGACCGUCAAGAAGAGAUUAGCAAAUUGAUGCGGAGCGCGAGUUUUAAUACCGACCCUUAUGUUCGUGAAUUUGGAAUAAUGGUGAAAGAUGAAAUGACGGAUGUGACCGGUAGAGUCCUACAGCCUCCUUCAAUCCUCUAUGGAGGCAGGAAUAAAGCGAUUGCUACACCAGUUCAAGGAGUCUGGGACAUGAGGAACAAACAGUUUCACACUGGAAUUGAAAUAAAGGUUUGGGCAAUUGCAUGCUUUGCUCCCCAGCGCCAAUGCACUGAAGUUCAUCUUAAGUCCUACUGUAAAUAUGCACAGGGAGCUGACAGUGUGGAGCCCAUGUUCAGACAUCUCAAAAACACUUACACUGGGCUGCAGCUUGUUGUAGUAAUUUUGCCAGGAAAAACACCAGUCUAUGCGGAGGUGAAGCGUGUUGGCGACACUGUGCUGGGAAUGGCUACGCAGUGCGUGCAGAUGAAAAAUGUGCAAAGAACAACACCGCAAACUCUGUCUAACCUUUGCUUAAAAAUAAAUGUCAAAUUAGGAGGCGUAAAUAAUAUUUUACUGCCACAGGGAAGACCACCAGUAUUUCAACAGCCUGUCAUAUUCCUGGGUGCAGAUGUAACUCAUCCGCCAGCUGGAGAUGGAAAAAAGCCUUCCAUUGCUGCAGUUGUAGGAAGCAUGGAUGCUCAUCCUAAUCGUUACUGUGCCACUGUUCGGGUCCAGCAGCACCGCCAAGAAAUCAUUCAAGAUUUGGCUGCCAUGGUCAGGGAGUUGCUUAUUCAGUUCUACAAAUCAACCAGAUUUAAACCAACUCGUAUAAUCUUCUACCGAGAUGGCGUUUCUGAGGGGCAGUUUCUCCAGGUUCUCCAUCAUGAAUUGCUGGCUAUCAGAGAAGCAUGCAUUAAACUAGAAAAGGAUUACCAGCCUGGAAUUACAUUUAUAGUUGUGCAGAAAAGGCAUCACACCAGACUCUUCUGUACAGAUAAUAAAGAACGGGUUGGAAAAAGCGGAAACAUUCCAGCGGGUACCACAGUGGACACAAAAAUCACCCAUCCAUCAGAGUUUGACUUUUACCUGUGUAGUCAUGCUGGUAUUCAGGGAACAAGCAGACCUUCUCAUUACCACGUCCUCUGGGAUGACAAUCGUUUCUCUUCAGAUGAACUGCAGAUUCUUACUUACCAGCUGUGUCAUACGUACGUACGCUGCACUCGUUCUGUUUCCAUCCCCGCACCAGCAUAUUACGCGCACCUGGUUGCCUUCAGAGCCAGGUAUCAUCUGGUGGAUAAAGAACACGAUAGUGCUGAAGGAAGCCACACUUCCGGGCAGAGUAAUGGCAGAGAUCAUCAAGCACUUGCUAAAGCAGUUCAAGUUCAUCAGGACACGUUGCGCACUAUGUACUUUGCUUGACAUGUUUUAAUGUUUAGCGACUCAGUACAAUACAGAGUUGGAUUCACAUGAGACCAGCUGCACUUAGACCAACAGUUGCCCAAGCUACAGUGACAGCCAGCAAUGAGUGAUGCAUCUUAAUUUCUUUUUUUCCCAUUUGCAAGAAAGCCUUCCGUCCAGAAUUUCAGACUUGAUUAUGAACUGCAUUCUUGUACCAAACCCCGCUAUUGUUGGAAAUGUGGUUUGCCAAAAAUCUCUAAGCUGCUUGGUAUUAAACAGACCCAUAUUUUAUCGUUAAAUCAAGAGCUGUGAUCUCAGGGCUUAGGGGAAAAAAAAAAAAACCAACAAAAAACAAAACAACCCAACCCACAGAACUCCUCAUUCAGUUUGCUAUUCAUUGAAUUGCUUUUAAUAAUUUGGAAAGAUCUAAUUCAUACUAAAGUUUGGUGGGCUAAAAUGCUGUGAAUUAGCUUUUAAUACAAAGGAAAGCAAACCAUUUUUUGACUAUUUAUGAAGCCUUGAUUAUUAUAGAUGCAUUUACAAAAUUUUUAUUUUCAAAGAAAAAGAGUGACAAAAAUCUGGUUUUCAACUGUCUUACAAAGAUUAUUCUCUGUGUGUCUAAGGGCAAAUGUAUUUUCUGAAGCUUGUUCUUGAAUGUUUUUUAUUGUGCUGCAUUUGAAAAUGUUUUUCAUAGGCUAAAGAAAAAAUUUAAAAAAGAAUGAACUUGUACCUAAGCUUUUAAUAGGUCCAGUUAGAUUGGCAAAAGAAAAUGUGCCAUUUAAAAAAAGAAAAAAA